CGCCGGGGCGGGGCCAUGACGCGCGCGCCUCGUGACCCCGCUCGCGGCCUGCGCCCAAGGAAGCCGGAAGCGACGGCCGUCAGCUGCGCCGGCUCGCUGGGGAGAGGCGGGUUGAGUGCUUUGGGGUUUGCGGACCCCGCGAUGGAGCUAGACGCGCCAGUCGCGUGGCGGAGGUCGUUGCUUUUGCGGCGGCUGCUGCUGGUGCCGCUUCUGUGGUCGGGGCUGGUUCUGGGAGCGCUCGCUGUGGUCAGCAGCCCCCACAGGGUCCUCCACGACCUCCUGUCGGAGCAGCAGUUGCUGGAGGUGGAGGACUUGUCCCUGACCCUGCUGCAGGGCGGAAGGCUGGGGCCACUGUCGUUACCCCCGGACCUGCCGGAUCUGGAUCCCGAGUGUCGGGAGCUGUUACUGGACUUCGCCAACAGCAGCGCAGAGCUGACCGGGUGCUUAGUGCGCAGCGCCCGGCCGGUGCGCCUCUGUCAGACCUGCUAUCCCCUCUUCCAACAGGUCGCGAACAAGAUGGACAACAUCAGUCGAGCCGUGGGGAAUACGUCAGAGAGUCAUAGUUGUGCCAGAAGCCUCUUAAUGGCAGAUAGAAUGCAGAUAGUUGUGAUUCUGUCUGAGUUUUUUAACUCUACAUGGCAGAAGGCAAAUUGUGCAAAUUGUUUAACGAACACAAGUGAAGAAUUGUCAAAUAGCACGCUAUAUUUCCUCAGUCUAUUUAAUCACACUUUGACCUGCUUUGAGCAUAACCUUCAGGUGAGCGUACACAGUCUUAUGCAGUUAAGGAAUUAUUCAGAAGUUUGCAAAAACUGUCGUGAAGCAUACAAAACUCUGAGUAGUCUAUACAAUGAAAUGCAAAAAAUGAAUGAACUUGAAAAUAAGGCUGAAUCUGGAACACAUUUAUGCAUUGAUGUGGAAGAUGCAAUGAACAUUACUCGAAAACUUUGGAGUCGAACUUUCAAUUGUUCUGUCCCUUGCAGUGACACAGUGCCUGUAAUUGCUGUUUCUGUAUUCAUUCUCUUUCUACCCAUUGUCUUCUACCUUAGUAGCUUUCUUCACUCAGAACAAAAAAAACGGAAACUCAUUCUACCCAAACGUCUCAAGUCCAGUACCAGCUUUGCAAACAUUCAAGAAAAUUCAAACUGAAAUCUACAAAACGGAGAAUUAACGUCCUGUUCCAUGGGUGAAUGGUAGGAGAUGCAGCUUGGUCCAAAAGAAGAUAAACUGAUUUGACAAGUCAAGUUCCUAAGAAAUGCAAGGACUUCAGAUUUAUUUUUAAAUAAGGAUUUUCAAUUUUUCUUUCCUUUUUUGUUCCUUUUUUAAGGGUUUGGGUAUUUUUAAUUUCCAGGCCAAGUAAUGUUGUCUAUUUAAAAAAAGAGUAUUUGUUACAAUAACAAAAGAUGCAAGGACAAUCUUUGUUUUGUUUUGUAGGCAUAUUAUUACUACUUGAGACUUCUGGUAUCUCCUUAUUAAUAUAGUAUUUUAGUAGCAAAGUUUUUGAAAACUAACAUUUAAAAAUUAAUUAAUUAUAGCAAAGACUUUGAAAAAGAAAUAUACUUGCCAAAAAGUAGCAGGUCCAAAGAUUAAGUUAAAUUACCAUUGCAGUAUUAUUGUUUUAUAUAUAUAUUUAAUAUGUCAUACAUUACAAAUAAUAUGUAAUUCAAUCUCUAGUUUACUUUAAGUGAUUUUUGAAACCACUAGUUAGAAACCUCCCUAACAAUUUUUAGAAGCAGGAAGGCACAUUACAUUUAUCUUUGUAAAAAGAUUUACGGUAACUGGUUUCUUACUUAACUUUUAUAAAUAGUGUUGUAUUUUACACCUUAUUUUUGCCUUUAUUUCUUAAAUAAUUUGAAAUCACUGGACUGCUGUAUUAUAUUCAGGGCAAGAUGGAUUCUUUUUCUACCAGGGAUUUGCAUUGUGAAUUACAUUAAGUUAUUUGGCAAUUUAUAAUUUAUUACUACUUUAAAUCAAAUGUAGCAUUCUCACAAUAUGUAUUUAAGUUGUUAUUUUUUUUUUUUUUUAAAUGGAGAUUCUCUUGGGAUAUAUGGAGAUUUUUGGAGGGGAGAGAGAGGAGGGGUAAAAAAACCUUAAGGUUCAGAAAAUAGGGACGUGGGGGUGCUCACGAGAAGACUGUCGAAUGGUUCAUGUUGAGGGCAUGAGUUAAGAUGAGUCUGAUACAGAAAGCAGUUAGGUUAAGAUGCCUGUUUUUUUCUAAAUUAUUUAAAUCAGUUAAACGUGAUAUGAUAGAAAUGAAGUCAGAUAUUUCACUAUCAGAAUGCAAAUUCUAUUUUGGGAUGUUUGUAUCAACCUUUCUAGAAAAAAGCUUCAUUUCAGAAUUGUUCACAGUUUUUUUCCCUCAGGUUUUUAGUGUUAGGUAUUUCAUUUGUUAAUUCCUUCUUGCUUUCUUGGUGGAAAUAGGCUUUGUUCUAAAUGUUGAGAAUGUGAAGCCUGCUCUGUAUAGAACAAGAAUUAGGUUAAAUAGUACAAGAAUUUUAAUCCCUUCAUAUAUAGUAAAAUGCUCCAUAAAGAGGCAAGAAAGUGUUUUUAAUUUUUUUUAAUGUUUACUAUGUAUGUAGAGUUGAAAAAGAAGGCUUAUCUUUGGAUAUGUAACAUAUCCAAAAGCCGUUACAGUUUUUCUAGUUGGCUGUGAUCCAUUUAAAAUGUGCUGGGGUUUAUUCUGUCAUUGUCAUUGUUCAUGCUGCUGAUACUAAUAACACUGUCUUGAUUUGAAGCAUAUAGUUGAGGGCCAUUGAAAGCAAUCUUUCAUUAAUGCAGAUAAAACCAGUUUACAUAUGCAAAGUUACAAAAUGGCAUAUUUGAAUCUGUAAGUAGUGACUCUUUGAUCACCUUUCAAUGUUAUGUAUUUCUAAAAACCAUUGCUAUUGGGUAUGGUUGCAAAUAAGCACUUUAGAAAAGAAAAGAUAGCCUUUGCUAUUUUUCUGGUUGAGUCAUUGCUCUUUCAACAUAGCAUCAGCAAUAGAUUUCAAAAAUAAGUAUUAAGCAUUACACUGAAGUGUGUAAAUACUUCAUUUUUUAGUCAUACGGAUAAAUUCUUUGCAUAGUUUUAAAUUCUGAGACACAUAAGCAUAUGUGUGUGCAUCUUUAGCUUUUUGACACUUUGAAAUAAAGGAAGUAACUUAAAAAAACUGCAGUGCACCAUAUUUGAUUUUUUUAAGAUAUAUUUUUAAAACUUCAGAUGUAAUUGAACGUCACACAUCAGUUUUUCAGGCAUUGAGUUUAAAUGCCUACUUUAAAAGUACCAUCUAAUCAUUUUGUUGUUAAUACAAAUGUACUUUUGGAUUGUU